CUGCGGUCGAGCGGGAGCUUACGCUGGCGGAUCAAUUACAGUGAAAUUGGGUUAGGUUAGGUUAACGGGAAGCCUUUAUAUAACAACAAUGGUUUUUGGAGGAGAGGUUGUUGCACUUACGAUCGAUUUCUGCUCUAACUUCCCGAGGAGGUGGAGGGGAUAAUACGCAAACGCAAACGGGAACCCGAGCACGGAACAGCACGGUAGACGACUACUCCUAAGAUAAACGUUUCCAAAAAAUCGGGGAAAAUUGAUUUGGAGAGAGAGAGACCGAGAGAUCGAGAGAGUAAUUGACUGCGAGGGGAAACACCAACGAAUGAGAAUUCCCUACGAAAAGGGUCGAAGCAAAGGAAGGGAAAACCAUCACUACCGACCAGUGAUGGAAUGGAGCACAGAUUUCCAACGAAAGCGGCCUCCAAGCGAUGACCUGCUGGAGGAACAGCCCUUAUCGAAACGUCUGGAGAAACUAUCUCUCGUCAAAAAAGUAGAGCUUCUUAACAAACCCCGACUCUUCCCCACCACCACCCCCUCCAGUGGCACCCCCCUCUCCCAAACAGAAGCCGAAAGAAUGGACGUCGACAAUGUGAUCUUUAUCAAAAGUCUCGACGAAGAGAUCGCGUCCUACGACUCUGAGGACGACCCGGACUCCCGGAAACUCAUCUUCCUCUCGGACGUUGAGAAGCAGCUGACACGGGUUCCCUACCUGCUUGCUGAAAGUGGUGCCCAUAGUGGUGGCGGUGGGGGGGGGGAGACGAGUACGGAUUUGGUACUUUAUUCGGUACCGAGCUCGUUGAGUGUUUCGGAGGAGAGGGAUAGUGUUCGGCGAGUGAUUAUUGAGGCGAGGAACAGGAUUCGGAAGAGACAGGCUGAUGAGGCUGCGGCGGCGGUAACCCAAGCUGCGGGGGUGGUGAUGGGGGGUGAGGAGGAGGAGGAGGAGAAAGGGUAUGAGUGGGAUUCGAUGGAGACGGGUGGGGAUAUAGCAGGAGGGAGGGGUUUUUAUGAGGAUCCGGAUGCUAUGGACAUUGGUUAGCUACCCCCUCCCCUCCCCUUCACGCAUGCUACCCCUUUGAGAUUAUUUGAUUGUUUGGGGGUGGGGGGUGUUUUUUGUUUGUUUGGUUAUCCCCCCCGGCGUUUUACUAUUUGCUGCUACUGCUACUGCUUCUGGUUUGCGUGAUAUUUGCUUUGGCUUAUCUGGGGGGUU